CACGAGGAGUCGGCCGGUCGGAACCACAGCCUGGCUCAACGGGUGCAGGACCUGGAGCAUCGGUACAGCGAGGCCAGCACCCUGCAGCACAUCCAGGCCACGCUGCUCUACGACAUGCAGGCACAGAUAAACAACAUUUCCGUCCUGACCGACUGGGCCUGGCGCAAUCCCACUUGCCUCAGCCCUGCCGAGAUGAGGCUGCAGGAGGAGAUGCACCAUCCAGAGGUGAAGCAUGCCAGGAACUGCCCCAUCGACUGUGCUUCCGUCUACUACAAUGGGCUGCGGCGGUCUGGGGUCUACAGCAUCAUGCCCUCGGUGGGAGGGAUGCCUAUUGAAGUGCUGUGUGAGAUGGACACUGAAGGUGGGGGCUGGACAGUCAUCCAGAGGCGUCAAGACGGCUCAGUUGACUUUAACCGGACCUGGAACGAGUACAAGGAGGGCUUUGGGGACCUCAAUGGCGAGUUCUGGCUGGGCAACGAGAACAUCCACAAGAUGACGAGCCAAGGGGACUACUCUCUGCGCAUCGACCUGGAGGACUGGAACAACAAGCACAAGCAUGCUUUCUACCAGGUCUUCAGCAUUGAGGACGAGGAAAACUAUUACCGGCUGCACGUGGAUGGGUUCAGCGGGACGGUGGAGGAUUCCUUUGCCUGGUACCACAACAAGAGGAGCUUCAGCACACCCGACUCGGGGAACAUCUGCGCGGAGAUUUCCCACGGCGGCUGGUGGUACCACCAGUGCUUUUUCUCCAACCUCAACGGUGUGUACUACAAGGGCGGACGAUACUCCAUUAAAAACCGCAAGAUCCUGGGGCCGGACGGUAUCGUGUGGUACUCGUGGAAGGACACAGACUACUACUCCCUGAGGAAGGUGGUCAUGAUGAUCCGGCCACGUACUUUCCGGCCCCACCUCUCCCCGUGA